CCCCGGGGCCAGUGGCCACCUGUGCCCCGCCCUGCGGGCCGCGCCCGUGCCCGGGAACCUCGAGCCGCGCUGGGCGCCGAGGUCUGAGUCCGUGCUUGGGGUGCGCCCGGCUCCGCAGCGAGCUCGCCGCCGCGCGGACGGAAGCCCUUGCCCCGGGGACCGCGGAGCCGCCUGUGGAGUGUCCUCCCGGGCGGGAAGCCGGCCGGAGCCGCGACACCAUGAGCAGCCCCGGGGGCGCGCAGAAACAGGAAAUAGACUGCCUGAGUCCCGAAGCCCAGAGACUGGCGGAGGCCAGGCUUGCAGCGAAGCGUGCUGCCCGGGCCGAGGCUCGAGAGAUCCGAAUGCGGGAGCUGGAGCGGCAGCAGAAGGAGCAGCCGUCGGAGUACAGCAGCCACCUCAACUCCAGCUCCCGAGCCUCCUCCAGGGCCAGCUCUGCGCGGGCCAGCCCCGUGGUUGAAGAGAGGCCAGAGAAAGAUUUUACUGAGAAGGGGUCUCGCAGCAUGCCCGGCUUGUCUGCCGCCACACUGGCCUCUCUGGGCGGGACUUCCUCCCGGAGGGGAAGCGGAGACACCUCCAUCUCCAUGGACACCGAGGCUUCUAUUAGGGAAAUUAAGGAACUCAAUGAGUUGAAGGACCAGAUUCAGGAUGUAGAAGGCAAAUACAUGCAGGGACUGAAAGAGAUGAAGGACUCACUAGCAGAAGUUGAGGAGAAGUAUAAGAAGGCCAUGGUGUCCAAUGCCCAGUUGGACAAUGAGAAGACGAACUUCAUGUACCAGGUGGACACCCUGAAAGACACACUGCUCGCGCUGGAGGAGCAGCUGGCCGAGUCCCAGCGGCUCUACGAGGAGAAAAGCAAGGAGCUCGAGCGGGAGAAGCACGCGCACAGCGUCCUGCAGUUCCAGUUCGCCGAGGUGAAGGAGGCGCUGAAGCAGAGGGAAGAAAUGCUUGAGAAACAUGGAAUAAUCCUAAAUUCAGAAAUAGCUACCAACGGAGAGACUUCAGACACACUCAAUAAUGUUGGAUACCAAGGCCCUACCAAGGUGACAAAGGAGGAGUUCAGUACCCCCCAGUCAGCUGGCGACGGGGCGCUGGGAAGAGCCAAUGGAGUGGAGGUGAAAAAAGAAAUUGUGGAGACUGUGGGGAAAAGAGAAACCUCGCAGCACGCUGAGCAAGAGCAGCACGAGGAGAGCACGGGAGAGGCGUGUGUGGACAGAGAGGGCUGGCUCCCCGGCGAAGGUGCUGAGCGCCGGGGGUCCUCUGAACACAGUGCCUCGGGACCGUUAGCAAGUGCCGGCUGGGAGGGGCAGGUGCGAGGCCAGAGUCUAGGGAACACUUGUGAAAGUCCAGAGCAGGUAGGGUCAGGCGGGGUGGCAGACCUGCCGGACGGCGGGGCCGGAGCUCCCCCUGAGCAGUCUGGCCCUCCGCGCCAGGUAGACGGAGAGCCGUCCGGCCCGGGGCCUGUGCCGCACAGUGAGGACGCUUCGGCUACCCAGAACCACAGCGAGAACGCCGAAGCGAGUCGGGAAGGAGCAAAGCCGGAGGAUGUGAAGACGGACGUGGAACCGUCCCACCAGGAGUCCGUCCCCGGGAGGAUGCCGGAGACUGAAAAGAUGGGCAGUCCAGUCUCUGGGGACCCGGAGGGGAACCACGUGGGGAGCGAGGUAGUGGCAAAGGGAGCUGAAGCUGGGGAGCACGCGGGAACAGCGGCCUCAGGUCCUCCCGCACACGGCAGGGACGCCGUGAGUCCUGAGGGGACGCGCAUGGCCGAGGAGUGGGACACAGGCCGGGGGCGCAGCUUAGAGAGAGAGCUCCCCAGCCAGGAAGGAGCCGAGCUCCAGGGGACCCCCAUGCAGAGCCCAGAGGCAGCGGGGGAGAGCACUGCAGAAGAGGAGGGGGGCGUGGAGCCCGUCCAGACAGACGGACAGACCCCCAGAGCGCAGGCAGCCGCCCGCAGCCCCGGGAGAGCAGACACCGAAAAUGCAGCUGACCUGGAAAAGAGCCGCCAGCAGGGGGAGGCGUUGGAUUCAUCACAGAAGAAGACAAAGAACAAGAAGAAGAAAAACAAGAAGAAAAAGGCGCAGGCCCCCGUAGAAUCCCUGCAAGAUGUCAAGGACACGUUAACACGGCAGAACACGGGUACAGGGGGGGCUGAGGACGAGGGGCAGGCACCAUUUGCUGACAGAAACCGAGUUACCAAAGCCCUAAACAAGACGACCAAAAAUCCAAAACAGGAAAUUGGGAUAGGAAGCAAUGACUAUGUUGAUUGUCCAGAAAAUACUGAAAUGAUCCCCGAGGAUAACGGGGUGGAACAAAGGGAAGGGGAGGCGGCAGCUGAUGGAGACGCGUUGGCCUCCGGUGAGGGCGCAGGCCCGUCGGCAGGCUCCCGCGCUAGCGAUGCAUUCGAUGGGCAGGCUACGAAGAGCGAUGCUGGUGGUGUCACUCAGAGCAGUCCCGCCCAGCCCAAGAAUAAAGUAGGAAACGGCAGCUCCCCUCCUCAAAAUAAAAGUCCCUCCCAGGGCAUUGAAGAUGCCCAACACUCAGGUCAGACAGCUGGGAAAGUUCUAGACAGUAUCAGUCUGGAUAGUGAUGACUUGUCAGCAUCCGCAGGGGAGCUGGGAGACCUCGGCUCAGAAGGAGCAGGGAGUGAGCAGGGCAAGAGCAAAGAAGACUGUACCAUGUCCUAGGCAAGCGGCAGGGAGGGCAGGUGGAGGAAGACAGGCUUCAGAGCGAGGCUGAGGACUCCGCCCAGAAAAUCCAAUCGUAAGAGACCCUUGUCUUUCCUCUCCAUUGCUCAUGUGCACAGAAUGUUCUAAAAUGCUGUAGAAGUACUGUAUGACAAUCAUCCACUUUAAGUUAUAGACUGUUACCAAUAGAUUAGUAUUUAAUUAGUAUUUAAUCAUUGAGGUGAUCACCUAGAUUAGAAAGACACAUUCGUUUUCAUUUCAAGUUCUAAUCGAGAGCAUUCCGUGAUAAAUGCCAAACCAUAGUGUGUGCCUUCACUAUCUGUAUUCCAGCCUAAAGUAAAAAUAUUUGCCUUAGGUCAAUAUGAAUGUGGUGAUUCUUGACCAAAUAUAUCAGCCUUUAACUGAAAUGACCAAAUAGCAUUCUUAGAUUUCUGCAUUAUGAAUAUUAUGGAUAUUUAAAUAGCUACAUCUCACUCAGAUACAUGUGCAUUCAUAUUCAAUUUUACUAUGCACGUUAGAGACAAUAUGGCAUAUUAUUUAGAGGAGAUAAACACGCAGCAUCUAGGUCACUGAGUGGUAAGACUUGCACCUUAGAACAACAGCUGAUGGUUUUAGGGCGCAGAGAUGCCCUGCCUUUCCCCAGAACUGUCACAUCCCACACCAGUGCCUUCAGAUCUCAUUGCAAUGAUACCUGCAUUUAUUUUGUGGUUCCAUGUUGAUGAUGUACCAAAUUCAUUUUACAAAAAGUUUUUAAAGGUUUUUUUUUUUUCUGGAAGUGAUACAUUGACAUUUCACUUCCUAUUGUAGAAUUUAGGAGAUACUGUCAUUUAACAAAUAUAUAACCUCAAAUUUAUUUCUCUGUUGAAUGUCUAACUGUUGUUCCAAAGAAAAAUACAAAAGGAUACCUUUCGUACAAAUUACUAAGGAGUAGUUUGCAUAGAGUAGGGUAUCUUAAAGAGUUGAAUAACUUUUGGUAUUUUGGCAUAAAUAUUUUUGUUGUUUCUUGCUUUGAUCUACUUGAAGGAGAUACAUACUUUCUAUAUAAAGACGCAUUUAAAAAGAAUUGUAAAGUUGAAUAAAAAGUAACUGUAAAAUUUUUUUAAACACAAGGGAAUGUAUAUUAUGAGUUGUUGACCCUUUGUGAAAUUGUCAACUUGCACUACUGUUACAAGAUAUAAAUGAACUCAAAAGGACCAAAACCUCAGCAGAAUUUGAGGCAAUCCUAAGGGUUAUGUAAUUGAAAUAAAAAGCAUUUUAUAAUUUUA